AUGACGAGCAUUGCAUCUGCCCGCCCAUCCUUAACAUCCAAUGAUUCGGCCGUACUUCAAGCACUUUUCGACGCCGAAUCCUCUCCAUCAUCGGGGAUCACGGUUGAUCCAUCCCUACCCUCAUGGCCAUCUUCUUUAAAAAUCUCCCAAGAAGAUAUAUCAUCCCUCGGCCAGCGUGAAACAGAAAUCAUCCGCACACUGCAAGCCGAUGAACAAUCAAGCGAAGAAACAGUCAAGUCCGCCCUUAAUGACUUCGAUACACUCAUCAAUCAAUAUCCAACCUAUCCAUCUGCGUACACAAACCGAGCACAAACACUCCGUCUUUUGAUUGAUAUCAUUCACAAUACCCAUGAAAGCAAAAACAAUAAUGUUCAAGCUUCGAUCUCCGAGCUAGACGAUGCAGUUCUCUUCUCACCCCAAACUUCAGAGCUAUCAUCUCGUAUUUUCUCUGAUCUAGGACAGGCGAUUACUCUGGCUACGCCGGUUUCACCUGCUGAUCCUGUCUCCUCUGUCCAAGGACGUCUUUUGGCUGAUGCACACACGCAUCGUGGUUAUUUACUUCUCAAAGCAGCACGGGGCAAGAAGGCACAGCUUGAGGACGAUGGAUCGGAUAUUUUGGGUCCGGAGCGAUUGAGAGGACUUAGCGCCGAUCAAUUGGAGGAAAUGGCAAGUCGGGAUUUCUUCUUUGGGGGGCGCUAUGGAAAUAAAGUUGCCCAGCAACUUUCUGUGCAGACAAAUCCUUAUGCGAAGAUGUGUGGGGCUAUUGUUAAGGAGGCCAUGAGGAAGGAGGUAGAGGGCUGA